UUUUGGUUUGCUAAAUUUUCAGAAUUAAUUGCAAUAAAUCGUGUAAAAAUAAUUAAAACUAACUAAAUGUUGAGUGAAAAAGAAUAUGCGAUAUUUAAAUAUAUAAACAAACAUUAUAAAAGUUGUUUUGUGUGAAUAAUUCGAGGGUGGUCGCGUAACAAGUUUAUUGGUCUUUUCGAGUGUUCUGUGUUGAUGAUUUAUUUUGUGAAUGGAGUAUCUGAAUUUGUUUGCAUUUUUUAAGUUCUCAGCUUUAUUUUUUUUUUCUUGUGAACUCGAGAAAACUGCAGAGACCAAAACUGAGGAACGAAAACCAGACCUUGAAGGUGUAGUUCCCUUGCAUGUUGGCAGUCAAGUCUUCAUUUCGAAACGUGAUAUUCUACGAAUAUUACAUAAUGAUUGUUGUGUCUACACUGGAUCCUUGAGUGAAAUAGUAUUUGGUCGGACAGCCUUAAUUAAAUGUUAUGAAUUAGACCCAAGUGAAAGGCUAUAUGGACUAAAUCUGAAUUAUCUUAAUUCGAUUAUAACCCAUGUAAUAAUGGUUUUCAAAAGUCGGAAUGAAGAUAUCAACGCUGAUCAAGUUAAAUCAUUUGUUCUUAAUAAAAUAAAUCAACUGGGAGAAAAACAUCACAAAACAGAUCUAUGAAAAUGUUUCGAUGGUUUUAAAAUGGACAUAAGCAUAAUUCUAAUUAAACCAGGACACAAAAUACAAUAAAAUGUUAUUUUUAAAUAUUGUUCAAUAUGUAUGAAACGAUAAACUGAACAAAUUAUUCUA